AUGCAGUCUCUCACAAUGAGUCAGUCCCAAGUGCACCCAUCUCGAAAGAUUUUGCUGGUGGUUACCACCGGGGGAUUCACACAUGCCGCUCCUGUUUUGGAAAUCGGUCGGGUACUGGCGGAACGUGGCCACGAAAUCGAAUUUGCGACACUCCAAGGACAAGAGAGCUGGGUGAAACCUGACUAUGACUUUGUCAACAAGCUUCAUCAGUUGGGUCCCGGACCAACCCCCGACCAACUCGAUGGUCACUAUCGGCGUAUGCAGGCAUGGGAUAUCUCCAAGGGUAUCGGACAAGCUAUGGGAUCCAAAUACCUGUUCGACUCUUUCUGGCCACAAACCUAUCAUCGUCUCAAAGAGAUCAUGGAGGACCCCGCGACUCGACCGGACAUGAUAGUUGCCGAUUUCUUUGUCGAGGCAGCCAACGAUAUUCACUUUGAGUACAAGUUACCGAUCGCGGUUGUUUGUCCCAAUAUGCCUGCAUUCCAAUUACCCUGUUCGUAUAUCCCAGGCAAGCCCGGAUUCCAACUUCCAGGGACCCUGACAUCCGAGGAUACUCCGAUGUGGCUACGUAUGAUGAACGAGGUCUUCUUCUUCCCGGAUCUUCCAGCCAUCAUCCGUGCCAGCAAAUGGAGCCAGAAGCUCCGAAGUGACAAUGGCGUCUGUUAUCCGCCUCACAAACCCAGCAAACCAGACUAUCUCAUCUUGGUCAAUUCCUUCUUUGGGCUGGAGAUCCCACGCGAUCUACCUCCUACCGCUGCCCCAGUGGGUCCUCUCCUCAGUCCGACUUACCCGCCACUAGACCCGGAGUGUGGGGCAUUCUUGGCCACGCAUCAAUCAGUCCUUUAUAUCGCCCUUGGGACUCACAUCAUCCUGCCACAUAAGGAUGCUGCCAAGAUCAUCCAGGCUGCAAAUCGUCUCCAGGAGGAUGGCCUCAUCGACGGUGUGAUCUGGGCUAUGGGUAAGACAUGUCGAGCAGACCUUGAUCGCAGCGCAUCCUUCCCUGUCAACCCCGGCGAUGCCAAAGAAAUUACCCUGGGGGAUCUACUCGACAACAAACAUCCGGAUUGGGUCUUCCCAUUUUUCGCACCUCAACGUGCUGUCCUCGACAGCGAGUCAACCAAGCUCUAUUUCACUCACGGCGGAGGAUCCAGUGCCAAUGAGGGCCUGUACCACGGAAAGCCAAUGUUAUCAAUGGGUAUCUUUUCCGACCAGAUCGCCAACACCGCCCGGCUCGUCGCAGGAGGUGUGGCCGAGUCAUUAAGCAAGUUGGGCUUUACAUCAGAUGAGGUCUACGAGAAAGCCAAGAAGAUUCUCAAAUCCGAAAACGAGACAUACAGUCAGAAUGUGCUACGUCUGCAGCGCAUUGCUCAUGUGGCGAGUCGUCGCAAGUACCAUGCAGCCGAUCUGAUCGAGGAGCUCAUGUACGACAAUGAGUUACGGUUCAAAGACGGCACGGAAUUGCGCCCGAUGCACUUGCAGACGGCAGAUAUGCGUAUUUCGGCAUUUAAAGCCAAGAACUGGGAUCUUUAUGCUGUCAGUGGAUUGGCUCUAGCUGCGGUUGUGGGAUCGACGUGGAUGGCUGGUCAUUUUGCGUGGCGGUUUCGUGGCCCUGUGAUCGGACAGGUCCGAUCUACUGCGCUUGCAGGCUGGGAGGCUCUGAAGAAUACCAUCUACAAGUAG